AUUUAAUUUAUCACUGUAUUAAUAUAAAUAUAGCCUAUUUAGUAUCUUCAAUUGAGCGCUUAUAGUUUAGCUAUAAUAUUUAAGCGUUUACCUGUGGAAAUCAGUACAAAACACCAAAAUGGACGAGAGUUUGUGCGACUACGAUGACGGAGAGAUUCCUAUAUGGCAGGAACCGAGAUGCGAGCCACUCGGAGCGCCAAAGGAGAAUUUAUGUGAUGAGCAGACUGUAGAACAAGAAUCCGGAGACAGGAUACACGCGUUAGAAGAGGAACAGGAGCUCCUGUCAUCGUCUGUGUUUUCGCUAACAUCGCACCUUGCGCAAGUAGAAUUUCGGCUCAGACAAAUAUUAAAAGCACCGCCAGAAGAAAAAGAUGCUAUGUUACAAGCUCUCGAAGAGUUCACCUCUCGUGGAGUAGACUCGAGAGCUCAACCUCAGGGUAGCUCAGGCGAGCCGUCGUGCACAGAAUGCGUAGAACUAGAAAGAAAAAUCCGCGUCCAAAGAACGAAGCAAACAUACUUCAUAAACAAACUGAAGACGCAGCUUAAGGAGCUUGAAAUGCUAGCAGCGGGUAAUGCAAAUUUCAGUGACAGCAGGCACAGAAAUCUGAUAGAGCAUUUACGAAAUGAAAUUGAACGGAGCAUGGAGGAGGGCUGUCACCAACCACUCUCGACGGAGGACUUGCAGCACCAAAUCGACUGUGCGGUGAAACAAUACACCAACCAUCAGCUCUCCAAGGAUGAAAUAAUCAAAAAACUCCAAACACACAUAGAUGACAUGCAGAAAUUCCUUAAGAUCAUGAAAAAUGAGGAGAAUGAGAGUAUUAAAAAAAAGGAAGCUAAAAAAGUUGGGAACCCUAACAAAUCUGAGUCUCAAGAAAAAGGUUUCGGCCGGAACAAAGUUAAUGAUGAACUGAAAGCGGAAACUCUUAAUCUAAUGAGAAAAGCUUCUAAUUUAAUACAAAUUUUUACUGUUUCUCAGUUUGGUUGCUCUCCCAACACCCACAAGAGGUAUGAUCGGCAACCAUCAUCAGUGGUCACUCACUGGGGUAACCUGCGAGCUAAACUGGAGAUGUCCAUUGAUGCAGUCGUGAAUUUGGUGUCAAAAGAGAGGGCUCACACUCUACCAGACAUUUAUGAUAGCGACUCAGAAGACGUUGGAAUUGUUAUAAGUGAUGCACCACUAACUACAGCUGUCAGGAGGCACUUGGCAGUAAAUUUAAGGGAUCUUCUUCAGCAUGGCUUAGUCAGCCCCGAGUCUACCUCCCUCGUGCCCAUUAUCGGAUGCUUCCCUGUUCGUAAAUCUUCCAUUUCAAGAUCGACCCACAUCUGGGAGCUGAUCUUGCGAUACUACGACCUCAACGACGGAGACAGGUUUAAUUCUACCCCAGCAAGAAAAUUGAGCCAAAGUUUUAAUCUAGAAAUAGUUGGUGGUACCGCUAUCACAAAUAAACAGAGCUUGUUAAGCUGUGUUGGUAGCAUUGUUGCCUCUCACACUCCUUAUAAAAGGAGCUACGAUGCACAUUUCAAAGCAUUUGUUUGUGCGGCAUUAAAUGCACAUAAACUUGUGAUUUGGUUGAAUAUUAUUCUAAAAAGCACUUCACUUAUUAACUCCUAUUAUAUGUCGACUAGUUAUGUACUUAAUACUGGCUUUCAAGACGCUCUGCAAAGCCUUGAUCGCCUUACGCAGUAUAAAUUUAACCUGCCUGUAGAUCUUGCUGUAAAGCAAUUUCUUAAUAUCAAAGAUGUAUUCAUGUAAUAUAAAGUGUUUUAUAAAGGAAUAAAUUAAGAUGAAUAUGAUCUGCUAUUGUU